CCUGGGAAGGACUCUGUUAAGCUCCCGGAGGCUCGCACAGUUUCCGAGCAUCAAUAGGGAAGUAACAUCUAGCCGGAAGUUCUAGGGCUCGCCUUGGGAGGGGUGGGGGCGGGGAGCCGCCGGCCGACUGCGGGCAGAAUGGCGGCACAAAUUCCAAUCGUGGCUGCUACUUCUACCCCCGCUGUAGCUAGGAACAGCAAGAAGAGGCCUGCUAGCCCUUCUCACAACAGCAGCGGAGGAGGAUAUGGCGCUAGUAAGAAGAAAAAGCUGUCCGCCUCCGGCUUUGCUCAGGGUGCCAGCAUCGAAGCCAUGAGUGAGAGUAAAGUGGCAUCCUCUGAGCUAAGCUCGGGGCCUGUGGAGAAAGCUGCCAAGCCGCUGCCGUUUAAGGAUCCCAGCUUUGUGCACUCUGGCCAUGGCGGUGCAGUAGCUGGCAAGAAGAACAGAACCUGGAAGAACCUCAAACAGAUCCUCGCUGCUGAAAGGGCGUUGCCGUGGCAACUGAACGAUCCUAACUACUUUAGCAUCGAUGCUCCUCCGUCCUUUAAGCCAGCUAAGAAAUAUUCUGAUGUUUCAGGCCUUCUUGCCAACUACACAGACCCUCAGAGCAAGCUGCGCUUCAGCAACGUUGAGGAGUUCUCCUAUAUCCGCAGGCUGCCUUCAGAUGUGGUCACAGGCUACCUGGCCCUGAGGAAGGCCACAAGCAUUGUCCCCUGAGCCUCAGGAGUGGAGAUGGAAUGGGAACAGCCCGGAAGCAGACUGCACUGUGACUUUACUUCAUGGAAACAAAUAUUUCUGCUGUCAAUCUGAAAAUGUCAGCUCUGGGCUUUGGCAGAAAAUGUCAGCUCUGGGCUUUGGCAAGAGGGCCUGGCUUUGCUGUGAGGACUUUCUGGUUUAUUUUCUUCCCCUCAAGUGUGACCUUCCUGGUUGAAUUAAAUCAUACUUCAAUUGUUGCCUCAAGUAAAAAUUGUUUGAUUAAAAAAAUGUGCUAAAAAUAAUGCAUUUAAAUUAACUCAGGGAAGUCCCUGGAUUUUGUUUGCAAGUUGUGAACUCUCAUCCAACCUUUUCACAGAGUGUGCAGUGAAGACACACAGGCCUGGAUUGUUCUGGAGCCUCACAAGCUGGCCUUUCUGUGGAUCAGGAGGUUCUGUGUGUGUGUGUUCACUGUACUAUUGAACGACUUUACUCAUCAUGGCCUGCCUGCAGGUGAUUUAUUUGUCUCUGCCACAUGGUGAAUUGUGGCAUGGGCUUCCAGGGGCCAAAAGAGAAAUCCAGCUCUUAAAAGGAAAAGUAUUUAGCUAGGUCAAAGAAAACAGAUUUUGGAAGCUUAGCCUUAAGAUCACUUGUUGCUUUUGCAGGGGACCCAGGCUUGGUCCCAGCAUUCCCGUGGUGACCCACAGCUAGCUCGGUCCCAGCAUUCUCGUGGUGACCCACAGCUGUCUCUAACGCCAGUUCCAGAGCAUCCAGUACCUGCUUCUGACUUCAUCAGGCAUGUAUAUACAUACACGCAGGCAGACUCUCAUACAUAUAGAAAUAAUUAAUAUUUUAAAAAAUUUUUAUUUUUUUCUUAUGACCACACUGUUAUCAAGGCUGUGUUGAGGUGAGUCCUUCUGAUACCUGCUGCAUGUCUUCCCUGGAAGAGAGGAGCCUGGAGGUGACCAGAAUGUUAGAGAUAUACCUUGCAGAGCUGGGGCGAGGAAGAGCUACUUGCCACUGUAGUUACUUUUCUUGCAGUGACCAAAUGCCCGAUAAGGAAUGCAUGCCCGUUGUGGGGAAUCACAGCACAGGAGCGUGAGGCAGCUGGCCACACUGCAUCCGCGGCCAUCCCACAGAACAGACCAGAAGUAAGUCUAGACUGUAACACCUCAAAGCCUGCCCCAGUGACCCAGUUCCUUCAGACAGGCUCUACCACCAAUAGGCCACCCACCGUGGGCACCAGCUGCUCCAGCAAUGUACACUCAGAUCACUACACCGUGUCUCCUGGGGUAAAGCAUGUAUCCGCCCAGACUUCAAAUGUGCUAACUGUUGAUGGCACUGCACAAAGGGCCAAAGUAUUUCCCAUCAGAUAGCACUUUUCUGAAUGGCACCUCUUGGGAAGAGAUCACAGGACUUGACCCAGCAUCAGAUAGGACCAGGUGGCCUACAGAGGCAUCACAAUGAUGGCCCCCCCCCCCCCACAUGAAACAGUCCAUUUCCAGUAAUGCUCUCAACUGAGAGAAUGCAUGAGCCUCAUUUGGAUCCCGGUUCAAACAAAAAGCUUAAACUAUUUAUGAGACAAUUAUAAACUUGAUGGACUUUGAUAUGUGAAGAUAUUUAUGAAUAUUAAUCAAAAUGCUGGUAUACUGUUAAAAAAAAGGUUCAUAUUUUAGAGGCAAAGGCUGAAACAUUUAUGGACAGAGUGAUAUUUUAUCUGGGAUUUGUUUUAGGAUGAUGUGGAACCAGGAAAUGAAUGGAAAAAGUGUUGAGACAGUAUUGGCCAUGAGCCAUCUAUUGUGUGCGAAGAAGUUCCUCACACCAGUCUACUCUGUAUGUGUUUGAAUUUCUCUGUAAUAAACUUAACAACUACA